AUGUUUUACUUCAGCGUUUGGGCGUUGGUUUUAGUAGUAUGUGGCGUGUAUGGAGAAGAACUACAGCAAGUUCAGACAGCAGCACCUGCCAUUAACCCCUAUUACCCAAAUCGAAAUCCACAGAUUUCUGGAUACAAUCCAAAUUAUAAAACAAAUGACAACCAGGUUCCCAUUUUGAGUUACUCCAGCAAUCAAGCCAACGAUGGCAGCUAUUCGUUUAGUUUUUCUACUGCUGAUGGUAAGCAAGCUCAAGAAACUGGCUAUUUGAAGGACGGAUAUAUCAACAACGCGGGAGAAACACAAGGCAUUCAAGUUAAAGAAGGGAGCUACAGCUACAUAUCUCCUGAGGGAACCUCUAUUGAACAGACUUACGUGGCAGAUGAAAAAGGAUUUAGACCUGGGGCUGUCCAAUUUUCAACUGAUGGAAGAGGUGCCGUACCAACACCCUUGGCUAGCGGUCUCAGAGGAACACCUUACAACCCUGGCUACAACCUUUACGACCCUUUUAACCGUAACCGUUACUUAGGACAACAAAACAAUUUCAAGCCUUAUGAUCCUAGAUAUCCAUAUGAUUCUAGAAAUCAAUAUGAUUCUAGAUAUCAAUUUAAUCCCAGAUAUCCUAAUAACCAACGGUAUAAUCCCUACAACCCUUACAGAGCUGGAUUAUAUAACAAUCGAAAAAAAAAAAUUAAAAGUCCUCUCCUAGACGAAACAUCUGCGUCUGUGGCUGCAGAUAUAAAUAGCAUACAGCCUUUACUUUAUCAACAACAACAGCAGCAACUUUAUACAACUGAGCCCAUUCCCAUCAUUCGACAAGAGCAUGUCAUCAACCCAGAUGGAUCUUACAAAUGGAAUUAUGAAACUGGAAAUGGAAUCAGCGCUGAAGAGGCGGGUUAUAUUAAGAAUCUAGGUAUUCCUGAACAAGAGGUUCAAAGUGCUCAGGGGCAGUAUAAAUACACAGCUCCAGAUGGGCAGGUUAUCCAAAUACAGUACAUCGCUGAUGAAAAUGGUUUCCAACCUCAAGGGUCGCAUCUGCCUACGCCGCCUCCGAUUCCAGUGGAAAUUCAAAAAGCACUUGAUCAUCUUGCUACCCUCCCCCCACAAGUACCGGAACAAAAUCAACACAAACUUAUUUGA